AUGAGUGGCAGUGAACCGACGUUAACGGAAUCGCCGGUUCCCCUGGCGCUGGCUCGCCUUCAGGGUCGGUCGAACCGUCUCCCUCGCGGCUUGCGUGCACACCGGCCGAGUUUGCCGCUCGCCAGCCUGCAAGAAUCGAUCGAUGAAGGCCCCAGACGCUUCAGCGAUGAACCCUUCAAUCCCGACACUGAUGACGAUGAAGCGUUCGUUGAAGUGGAAGUCGUUAGUAGACCCUCACCGGCGUCUAAUGGCCGUAGAGCCUCAGACGCCACUUUCGCCGAGCGCUAUAGGAAGCUCAAUGAAUUCGAUGGUGCUCCACCGGAAAUGCCGCGGCGUGCAUCCCUGGCCGUACCCGUUUUGAAUGACGGUUUCGGACCAAGUGAAAAGGGACGGAGACGAUCAUGGGCGGCGCGAUUACAACUCGAACGUAAGAAGAGACGAAAGUCUGGUGGCAACGACACGGACGAGGAGAGCGAUGCCACAAUAUACAUACGACAAAAACGACCCUCGUGGUGGAAUGUUUUCGUACCGGAUAACAUGCUGAAACACAGGUCUAGACGAGCCUCUCAACAGCUGUCCAGGUCGGCGGAAAGUAUUGAUCAAUCGUACAAGAGGUCUAAAAGCCGUUCGGUAGAUCAUGGCUUCGCGCCGCCCUUUGAUUUGGAUUCGCUGCGAUCAAAGGUCGAAGGUCGAUUUGAUGCUGUACAGAAAGAUGAGGAUGAGCAGGCGAAGAGGUUGCCUCCCCCGCCCCCCAUUAAAACUAUGACGUAUACGGUUCGUGACCGGGACACUCUGACGUCAUUGGCUGCCCGCUUCGACACCACGCCCUCCGAGCUGACCAAACUCAAUCGACUCGCGACACAAUUCAUCUUCCCCGGACAGACACUUCUAGUCCCGGAUAAGAGAAAAGAUGGCGAUAAGGAGUCAGAUGGUCCAUCCGAGAGUGGCGAUAACACCUCCGAAUCCACGCAAGGAGCCCCAAGUGAGCCGGCGCAAGAAAAAGAAAUAUUGGAUAACUUAAGGCCGGUCUCCCCCGAGGCACCAGCCAGUAGCAGCGCACCACAGCGUUUCCUCAAGAUCAACGUCCGACACAUUACCGAUGGACAGGGAGUCGUGUCCGGCGUGCUGCUUGUCACACCGAACGCUGUGAUGUUCGAUCCGAACGUGUCCGACACUCUGGUCAUGGAGCACGGCCCCGAAUCGUACGGUGUAAUAGCGCCCAUGGAGUACGUCGUCAACGCGGCCAUAUUCUAUGAUAUUGCGCACAUGCGCACUCACGGACCAGACCAUAAUGCGCACAAAGUGGAGCAAGCAGAAAUUUAUUACAUGAAUAAAUCUGAACACUCACCUGGCAAGGAUUCACUUCUAGUCAAAGAUGAAACAUUCCCCGAGCUGCAGGCGGCCGGGGGUGAAGGUGAAGGGGGUGAGGAGCGCCCUGCCUCCUCCGAGGAGGAGCGUGGGGGUGCUGCCUUCCCAAAAGCGUUCGAGAGGGAGCUCGUGACACCCACCGCCUUACAGCAACAAACAACUGAAGAGCGACGGAUGUCGUUACUGGAUCACCACUGGGCCAUUCCCAGCAAGGAUAGAAUGUCGAUAGAUCAAGGCAGCGAGGUAUCAUCCAGUGCCGACCACGGCAAGGAAGAGAGCUUGGAGGUAUCUAUGGCGGAGGGGGCUGAAGGAUCAGACGUGGAGCGCGCUGCUUCCGUCGCUGAGGGCGAUGACGCAGCGCAUCUCGUCAAACUGUCCUACCACGACUCGGGCAUUGAUAUCCGCGACCCACUACUGCAUGUCACACCCGCCAACUCCAAGAAGGGUAGCAUUGACCACGAUGACUACUACCACGAAAUCGAAACGAUUUACGAAUCGGCCGAGGAAUGGGAGGAAGUUCGUUGCGAUGUGACGUACGAGGCGAAUUUUUUGCGAUGCUUUUCAGUUGAGCACGAUGUCGAUAAGUUGUCUAGUUCUUCCAAAGAGGUGUACAGUGACGCUGAUAUCGUUCUAUCAGCUGAUUGGGUGCCACCCGUUUGUUUGCCCCGUGCCGAACCGCCGCUCUCCGCGCCGCCAUUAGGAGAGAAUGAGCGCGCACAACGCAAGCCUGCAGCUGUCUCUUUCUCGCUUGACGGAAAUCAGAAAGAAGAUCCAUCGAAGCCGGAUAAAAAGAACAAGAUGUUAAAACGUCUCUCAUACCCGCUAUCCUGGGUGGAAGGACUGACAGGUGAAGGUCAACAACCGAGUUCCGGCUCGCAAGGUGAUUCUUUGCCUACGUCCGCCGACAGUCAACAGUCUACUAGCGUGUUCUCUAAAGUUUUUAACAGGCGCAGUUCACUCGGCGGUUUUGGGCGCUCCCACACCAAGGCAGCUAAUGUGCCGCAACCGAAACUAGACUACCGCAGCAUGGUUUCCGUGGACGACAUGCCUGAUCUUUUCGCGUCUUUCGACAAACUGAUACCGCGACCAGCGCGACCCAGCGAUGAUCCACCUCUGUAUUUGCGACUGCGCAUGGGCAAACCAGCUGGCAGGCCCCUACCGCGGUCCACCCCACUUAUGUCUUACGGUCGAAAGCGAAUGAAGCCGGAAUAUUGGUUCGGAGUGCCCAGAAAUAGGGUGGAUGACCUCUUCAAGUUCCUAACGCACUGGGUGCCGGACCGAUAUGGACCCCUUGGGGACGUGUCAGCACGCGGAUACGAACUCAUCGACAGCGACACCGAAUGGGAUGAUGAUGAAGCCAAACCUGGGCAAAAGGAGCGCACUGGAAGCUCGGGCGACGUAUCUGACCUCACGAGAGAAUCAUGGGAGGUGCUGUCUAUGAGCGAUGAGUUGCGACGGGCGUUGUACUCCUCGAGCGCCUCCGUUGACAUGGAGUUCUCGCCCCCUGAUCUCAUCGGCACUUCGGAGAUCUUUACCAUGGAGCACAGAGAGAAGUUGUGCAGCGUUUUGCCAGCGCGUGCGCAGGGCUACAUGUGGUCGCUCGCGUUCAGUACCAGCCAGCACGGUUUCUCCCUCGCCUCCAUGUAUCGUAAGAUGCAACGUGUGGACAGCCCCGUGCUACUCGUUAUUCAAGACACCGACAAUAACGUGUUCGGGGCUUUGACAUCAUGCGCACUUCGCCCGUCGGAACAUUUCUACGGCACGGGCGAGUCCCUGCUCUUCUCCUUCCAACGGGUCGACGAGCCACGUUCACGGGUACCUUCGGACAAGAGCGACGGCGCCAAGGACAAAGAUGACCUCGAUGAGAAGAAAGACGAAAAUAAGGAUGAAAAAGAAGAAACAGUUGCGGCGUUCAAAACGAAAUUCAAAUACUGGGGUUGGACUGGGGACAAUAUGUACUUUAUUCGUGGGAGCAACGACAACAUAUCUAUUGGAGCCGGCGACGGCAAAUUCGGCAUUUGGCUAGACGGAGACCUGUACUUGGGGCGCACGCAGCGCUGCACCACUUACGGCAACGAACCGCUCACAACGCGCGAGGACUUCAUCGUCAAGAUCAUGGAGUGCUGGACCUUCAUCUGA